AUGGUUCCAGAGACGGCUGGCACCGUGAACGCCUGGAAAUCGGAUUUUGUUUUCAAACAAUCUUGCCCUGACAACAACACCAAUGACAACACCACCAACGACAACACCACCAAUGACAACACCACCAAUGACAACAGCACCAACGACAACACCACCAAUGACAACACCACCAAUGACAACACCACCAAUGACAACACCACCAACGACAACACCACCAAUGACAACACCACCAAUGACAACACCACCAAUGACAACACCACCAAUGACAACAGCACCAACGACAACACCACCAAUGACAACACCACCAAUGACAACACCACCAAUGACAACAGCACCAAUGACAACAUCACCAAUGACAACACCACCAAUGACAACACCACCAAUGACAACACCACCAACGACAACAACGCCACUGACAACACCAACAACGACAUCACCACCAACGACAACACCGCCAAUGACAACACCACCAAUGACAACACCACAAGCGACAACAACGCCAUUGAUAAGAGCCAAUUAUUAACUGUCACCAAAAAAAAUCAAGACUCGCCGCGACAGGAAACUCUGGUCGCACCAACAAAGCAAUAUUCAGCUACACCAACUCAAAGCACAACGCCACAAUCAGGAAAAAUCAGCGCUAAAAUUAACACUAAAGAUACAUCUAGCACCGGCAAAGCCAAGCCAUUUUCACUUUCAGAAUCGCCAUCAUCAAAAAGGAAGAAAAGUGACAGCCCCUUAUUAGAGAAAGAGGAUGCUUGGGACAGUCACUGCGAGGAAAUACACUCUGAAAAGGGGGAUGGUACCAAUUACUACUCAGCUUACUUCAGCAUCACACCAGAGAAGAAAAUAAGAAUCCCUUACGACAAGAAAGAGAAGAGCAGCGACCAAGACGAAAAAAUUUAG